AACACACACUGACUCGUGACUUCCUGUAAAUGGAGAGGCGAGGCAGUGAGCAGGCUCAAGAGAACAGGAAGCAGCCUGAAGCUGAAACAGUUCAGUCAGUUCAGACUCCAUUUUGAGUUGACAGGAGGAGGAAAGCAGAAGGCUGACGCAGGACUGACUUCAGACCAGAAGAUGGGUGUUUCUGUGGAGGAAGAGGAGGACAGAGCAGAGUCUGCAGGAUCCAUCUGUCUGUCUCUGAAGAGUAACCGGUCCCACCUUAAACCUCCAGACUUCAGUAAAGAACCUGGACCCUCAGACACAAAAGUUCAGUCCAACAGACAGAGAGCAGAGUCUGCAGGAUCCAGCUGUCUGUCUCUGAAGAGUGACCGGUCCCACCUUAAACCUCCAGACUUCAGUAAAGAACCUGGACCCUCAGACACAAAAGAGAGGAAGAGGAGUCCUGUUUCUGUGGAGGAGCAGCCGUCCUGCUGUGCUUUGUGUCAGGACGUCCUGAAGGAUCCAGUCUCUACCAGCUGUGGACACUGGUUCUGCAGACGGUGCAUCACCUCAUACUGGGACCAGUCUGCUUCAUCGGGACACUCCUCCUGUCCCCAGUGUGGAGACAGAUCCAGAACCAGAGCUGGACUGCAGACAGCCAGUCAGAGCAGCUCUAGCCCGACCGAUAUGGUGAGAGGUGGUCUGCAGGAGGUUUUAGAUGAACAUAAGAUCAGUCUGAGGAGGAGAUGUGAACGUGUGACUGAAGGAAGUGAUGAAACAGGAAGUGGAACCCUCCUCAACAGGAUCUACACUGAGCUCUACAUCACAGAGGGACAGAGUGAAGAGGUUAAUACCCAGCAUGAGGUGAGGCAGCUUGAGACAGCUUCCAAGAAGAAGACCCUCCAUGACGCUCCAAUCAGGUGCCAGGACAUCUUUAAAGCCUUACCUGGCCAACAGAGAGCCAUCAGAGUGGUUCUGACCAACGGCGUUGCUGGCGUUGGAAAAACCUUCUCAGUGGAUAAGUUCACUCUGGACUGGGCAGAGUGCUCGGAAAACCAAGAUGUCGGUCUGCUGGUUCUGCUCUCGUUCAGGGAGCUGAACUUGAUCAAAGAUGAGCGGCACAGUCUCCUCACGCUGCUCCAUGUUUUCCAUCCAACAUUACAGAAGGUCCCAGCAGAGAAGCUCGCCGUCUGGAAACUGUUGUUCAUCUUUGACGGCCUGGAUGAAAGCAGACUUUCAUUGGAUUUCCACAACAGUGAGGUUGUGUCUGAUGUCACACAGAAGUCAUCAGUCAACCUGCUGCUGACAAACCUCAUCGAGGGGAAUCUGCUUCCCUCGGCUCUCGUCUGGAUAACUUCCCGACCUGCGGCGGCCAAUCAGAUCCCUCCUUCGUGUGUCGGCAGGGUAACAGAAGUACGAGGCUUCACUGACGCCCAGAAGGAGGAGUACUUCAGGAGGAGAGUCAGUGAUGAAGAGCUGUCCAGCAGAAUCAUCUCACACAUCAAGACCUCCAGGAGCCUCCACAUCAUGUGUCUAAUCCCAGUCUUCUGCUGGAUCACUGCUACAGUUCUGGAGCACAUGUUGACUACAGAGCAGAGAGGAGAGCUGCCCAAGACCCUGACUGACCUGUACUCACACUUCCUGCUGGUUCAGAUAAAGAGGAAGAAGCAGAAGUACGAUGAGGGACAUGAGACGAGUCCACAGGAGCUGACGGAGGCUGACAGGGAGGUUCUUCUGAAGCUGGGGAGGCUGGCGUUUGAACAGCUGGAGAAAGGAAACAUCAUGUUCUACCAAGAAGACCUGGAGCAGUGUGGUCUUGAUGUCACAGAGGCCUCGGUGUACUCAGGAGUUUGUACAGAGAUCUUCAAAAGAGAGAGUGUGAUCUUCCAGAAAACAGUCUACUGCUUUGUUCAUCUGAGCGUUCAGGAGUUUCUGGCUGCAGUCUACAUGUUCCACUGUUACACCAGCAGCAACACAACAGCACUGGAUUCUUUCCUGGGACAGACCUUGCUGGAGAUCUUCCUGAUGAAAGCCAUGGAGAAAUCUCUCCAAAGUGAAAAUGGCCACCUGGACCUGUUUGUUCGCUUCCUUCAUGGCCUCUCUCUGGAGUCCAACCAGAGACUCUUAGGAGGCCUGCUGGGUCGGACAGACAACAGUCCAGAAAUCAUCCAGAGAGCCAUCAACAACCUGAAGAAGAUGAACAGUGGUGAGAUCUCUCCUGACAGAAGCAUCAACAUCUUCCACUGUCUGACGGAGAUGAACGACCACUCAGUACAUCAGGAGAUCCAAGAGUUCCUGAAGUCAGAGAACAGAUCAGAGAAGGAACUCUCUGAGAUCCACUGCUCAGCUCUGGCCUUCAUGCUGCAGAUGUCAGAGGAGGUUCUGGAUGAGUUGGACCUCAAGACGUACAACACGUCAGUGGAGGGACGACUGAGACUGAUUCCAGCUGUGAGGAACUGCAGAAAGGCUCGAAUUUCUGGCUGUGGACUCUCAGAGACUCACUGUAAAGUCGUGGCCUCAGCUCUGAAGUCCAACCCCUCCCAUCUGAGAGAGCUGGACCUGACGAAAAACAAGCUGCAGGAUUCAGGACUGAAGCUGCUGUCUGAUAAUCUGGAGAGUCCCCACUGUAGACUGGAGAUUCUGAGAUUCAGGGACUGCAGUUUGUCAGAGAUCAGCUGUGCUUCUCUGGCCUCAGCUCUGAAGUCCAACCCCUCCCAUCUGAGAGAGCUGGACCUGACUGACAACAAGCUGCAGGAUUCAGGAGUGAAGCUGCUGUGUGGAUUUCUGGAGAGUCCACACUGCAGACUGGAGACUCUGAGACUUUCUGGCUGUGGACUCUCAGAGACUCAUUGUGAAGUUGUGGCCUCAGUUCUGAAGUCCAACACCUCCCAUCUGAGGGAGCUGGACCUGAGUGACAACAAGCUGCAGGAUUCAGGACUGCUGCGGCUGUCUGCUGGACUGGAGAGUCCACACUGUAGACUGGAAACUCUCAGACUGAGUAGAUGUAACCUCUCAGAGAGAAGCUGUGAAGCUCUGUCCUCAGUUCUCAGCUCCCAGUCCUCUCGUCUGAUAGAGCUGGACCUGAAUAACAACGACCUGCAGGAUUCAGGAGUGGAGCUGCUGUCUGCUGCACUGGAGACUCCCCACUGUACACUGUGUAUUCUCAGGGUGGAGCCUGGUGGAGUCCGAUGGUUGAGACCAGGUCUAAGGAAGUAUUCCUGUGAACUCACAUUUGACACAAACACAGUACACAGAGAGAUCAAACUGUCUGAAGACAACAGGAAGGCGACACGUGUGGCAGAGGAUCAGUCAUAUCCUGAUCAUCCUGACAGGUUUGGCUUCCAUCAGCUGCUGUGUAGAGAAGGUCUGACUGGUCGCUGUUACUGGGAGGUCGAGUGGAGAACAUGGGUUUCAAUAGCAGUGAGUUACAGAGGAAUCAGAAGGAAAGGAGAUCAGUAUCGAGACUGGAAUGCCUGCAGGUUUGGGAAAAACGACAAGUCCUGGAGUCUGGAGUGCUCUGGGAAUUACUUUCCCUCUCACAAUAACAAAGGAGGAGGCUUCUCCGUUUCCGCCUCCUGCCCCUCCCCCUCUGGCAGAGUAGCAGUGUAUGUGGACUGUCCUGCUGGCACUCUGUCCUUUUUCAGAGUCUCCUCUGACACACUGAUCCACCUCCACACCUUCAACACCACAUUCACUGAACCUCUUUAUCCUGGGUUUGUGUUUGGUAUGGGUAACGGGUCUGGUGGUUCAGUGUCUCUGUGUUCUCUGUAGGAGGGAGGGUCUCCUCCUGUUAGAGAAACUCUCUGCUGACCAGAUAGUUCAGUCUGUACAUAAUCACACACAGCGGAUGUUCGUACCAACCUGAUGUGUUUAUUGUAAUAUAGGAGGAAGAGGAGGCUGAAUGUAGAGAAGAGCAAAGGAUGCUGGGAUGUCGGGGUGCAGACGUAGAGAUUCUUUUCACUCUGUAGAAAGAAAUAUGUUCCUUAUUUGUUUUCUGCUCCACUUUUUUAAUUGUUUUUUUUCUAGUUUUCAAGUUUUUUGUCUCAUUAUUUUUGUGAAUAUUCAGUUUCAAGUUUUUCUGCAGAAAUAUAAAGUGGACAUAGAUGUUAGUUGUUUGAACGCUUUGUCCUGAUGUCAGCACAUUUAUCAGCAUGCUGACUGUGAAUGUUUCUUAUCAGCAUGUUUCUUUUACUGAUUUUUCCUCUGCAGAAGCUGAUGACGUCUUUAAAAUAUAUGUUCAGAAAUCUUUAAAUCACAAAGCUUAAUUUUUGUCUUUGAUUAAACAUAACUACCUUAAAACAAAAGCAUCUAUAGGUUGAUGGAUGCGGAUCAAACGUCAGAACACACACACUCCAGCACAUGCCAUAUUGUGAGCAUGAGAAAUAAUCAACUAGUAUGUUGGAAUGAAACACAACCCUGCAAUACAAACCUGGCACAUGUAAAUAUAAAGAUGUAAGAUUAUUAUUUCACUGUAUUCUGGCCCGACAUUUAAUGGCUUGAAAAAAAUUGCAAGACUUAUUUGCCGUGUACAGGGCGUGUAAUCUGUGUUGCGAGAAUGAGAUCCAUGUGAAGAAAAGGACACUGGAAGCCUUUGGGGGCCUUCAUAGAAACAGUUUGAAUGCCUGACACAGAAACAGGCCAUAUAGUAAAAUGAUUUGCCUUUGCUUUAAGAGUGAUAAUCGUUAACUGCUGAGCUCAUAUUACAAAAGUACAAGUUAAGUAAGAAAGAUGUUUUAUUUGAGAUACUGUCUUUAUUUCUUUAAUAAGUCCUACAGUAUAUCUCUGCAUCUCUUGUGCUUGACCUUUUCUUUGUCUCUAGAGACUUUUGUCUGUGUAUAGUCAUACAUGCUCAGCGUCAUGCUGAAGUCUCAAAAUAAGAUGCUAAUUUCCAGUAAAGAGGAAGCUAAAAGCUAAAAUAGUGACAACCCAUGUUUGAUGUCUUUUCUGCAUUUUGUGAAAAUAAAUAUGUUUCUCUUUUAAUGGACAUCAGAGGGAAACUAAAAGGCUUUCUUUUCUUUUUGUCUUUGUCCCCAUCCCUCCCCUUCCCUUCUGAGACAACCAAACUGCUAAAAUCAUUGGGAUAGAGCUCAUCCAGAUUGGAUUGGAUAACUACAGAAGAGACCACCAUACUGUUUUAAUGAAGGAGUGUCUGGAGUACAAUGCUUAAAGCUUGUAGAAUGUCAUGUUUAAACGAGUCAUACUCCUUACUCUAACCCUAAAUACACAUUGGGAGAAGAAUGGUGUACUGGAUAGAAUGGUAGUAAAUUUAAUCACUGAUUUAUGUCAUAUCUGGAUCUGCAGAGGAAAUAUAAAGUAAGCAAAGUUAGAACGGUGAACCACUCAGUAACCCUUUAACUGAGCGGUUCUAUUUACCUUAAAUCAAAAUAAAGGUUCUACCAAAGAAUUUCUA